ACUGCCUGUUCCAUUUCUGUUGUUAAUUGUCGAUGAAUUGUGAGGUAUCUGUCGCGGUUAAUUUUUAUUCAGUUUUGAUUCUCGACGGUAACAGGAUUCUCAGCACAGCGUCAAAAUGAUGAUGGACUAUUUUGUGACGAACAAUUCCUUGGCACCCGCACCGAUGGGAAUACAAAGCACCGCGGGUGCCGUGCCCGUGAAGAAUGACAAAGGAGAAUUGUCUAUGAAGAAAGUAAAAGUACAUCGUUACGUUUCUGGUAAGCGGCCAGAUUAUGCGGCAGUGAGUUCAGAUGAGGAGUCCGAAGACGAAGAUUUCCUUGAUAAACGUGUACACAAGAGUUACGACGAUAAUGAAAUUGUCACAGAUCUCACUUCUCAUUCGCAUACGAGAGGUAGGGAUGAGGAUGAUCCGCGUUUGCGAAGAUUAACGCGACAACAGAAAGAGGCACCAACUGAAGUACGUGUAGAAAGACACAGACAUAUUCACGAGCCCGAGCUUAUAGAGAUCGAACUAGAGAGAACACGAGAAAGAAUUAAAUUAGAAAGCUCGGACUCAUCUGAAGACGAGGAAUUGUCGGAUUCCGAGAUAGAAAAACGACGAGAGGCUCUGAAGCAGCGAGUACUUUCCAAGAAGGAAACAGAGGAGGAAUUAAUACAGGGUGAAGAGGAGGAUAGAUCGGGUGAAAGCUCAGAUGAAAGUUCAGAAUAUGAGGAAUACACGGACUCCGAAGAAGAAACUGGACCGCGAUUGAAGCCCGUGUUUGUUCGCAAAAAGGAUAGAAUCACGGUGAUGGAGAAGGAGAAGGAGGCGAUGCGGCAGAAGCAAGCGGAGAUCGAGGCCAAGAAACUGGCCGAAGAACGUAAGAGACAGACUUUAAGAAUGGUGGAGGAGACGGUGCGGAAGGAGACACAGAUGGGUAACAAAGGUAACGUUGAGCAGGAAAGUAAACUGAAUGAUGUCUGCACGGAUGAUGAAAACGACGAGGUAGAAUACGAGGCCUGGAAAUUGCGCGAGCUGAAGAGAAUUAAGCGAGAUCGUGAGGAAAGAGAGCAGCUUGAAAAGGAACGUUUGGAAAUCGAGCGUAUUCGCAAUAUGACUGAGGAAGAACGAAGGCAGGAAGCGCGACUGAAUCCAAAGAUGAUCACUAAUAAGGCAGCCAAAGGAAAGUACAAGUUUUUGCAGAAGUAUUAUCAUCGCGGUGCGUUCUAUUUGGACAAAGAUGAUGCUAUAUUCAAACGCGAUUUCUCCGGCGCAACCUUAGAGGACCACUUCGACAAGACGAUUUUGCCGAAAGUUAUGCAGGUGAAGAACUUUGGACGCAGUGGUAGAACCAAGUACACCCACUUGGUAGAUCAAGAUACGACACAAUUCGAUUCGCCUUGGAUAUCGGAGACAGCUCAGAAUCUCAAGUUUCACAAUAAUCAGGCGGCGGGAAUGAAGCAAAUCUUUGAUCGACCUUCUUUGAAGAAAAGAAAAGCUGAAAAUUAAGUAGCCUAAGUAUCGUGUACUUUUUAUCUUUUUAUUUUCCACUUUUUUAAAAAUAUAACAAUGCAAUGUAUUAUAUUAAAAAGCAUGCAAGAGGUCAUUUGAACAUUAGAACCAGUUUAUAUCACAUUGUUGGUUAAUAUAAAUAUAUGUCAUGUAUAUAAAAAUCAUAUAAUUGCUAUCUGUAUGUAAAAGAAUAACUUUUUGGAAGAAAUAUUGUCAUCUUAGAUUAAAAAUGUUUAUAAUAUAUAC